AUGGCCCCAAAAGUUGACUUUGCCUUUGGUUUUGGAACUUUUGACCCGUUGCUCCUGCCCCCGCCCCUGAUUCCUCUCCCCCAGGACAAGGGUCUUCCCCCUCCGCCGAGUGCGUCCCUGGCCCCAACGCCUGCCCCCGUUCCCCCAGCUUCUGACGCGUUGCUUGACGACCACCCGCCCCAGGGCUUGGCCCCUCCGCUGAUCCCCCUCCCGCCUCCCCUCACCCCUCCAGCCGCGUUGGCUGCGGACCCGGAUUACGACCCGCGGAACGACGGCCCCCGCCGCCCUGUCCGCCAUAACCGUACCCGGCGCCUGGCACUUUUCAUUUCAGAGCGUCCGGUAAUGUCUGAGGAGGAAUCCUCCCAGGGCAGUCUUUCUACUUCUGUUUCAGGUCCGGACGAGGCAUCAGACGAGGCUGGCGAUGAGCGACCCAUGCUGAGACAGCCUGCUAACCUGGACGCUGUUGGCGAUGAGCGACCCAUGCUGAGACAGCCUAUUAACCUGGACGCUGUUGGCGAUGAACGACCCAUGCUGAGACAGCCUGCUAACCUGGACGCUGUGUAUCCUGACACGGACGGUUCCAGUGCCCACCUGUCGAGUCCGGAUCCUGACGAUGUCGCCCGGAGCUGUGCUGCUGACGUUCUGAGCCCGACGCCACGUGCGACGCGCGACGCUUCCGACACCCCGCGAUCGAGACCACACCACCCGCCGUGGAAGCGCCGACGUCCGGCCCAGUACUGA